GCGGAAGUGCCUGACAAACGGAGGGACGGGCUGAGCUGGCGCUGGCUUGCCUCGCGCGGGGCUCGAGCGGCGCUGUCAUCGCUUGAGCGCGGGAGGAAAGUUGGGCUCGCGCUCCCCUUCGCAGGCGGCGUCUCGGAUGCGGCGGAAGCAGAAGCGGCUGCUGCAGGCGGUGGGGCUGGCGCUGGCCGCCCUCGUCUUCCUCCCCAACGUGGGGCUCUGGGCGCUGUACCGGGAGCGGCAGCUGGAUGCCGCCGGCGGUGACGGCCGAGGAGGAGCGGGAGGCGGCGCUGCGGGGGGAGCCCGCGGGGGGGCGCCGCCGGGAGCAGCAGCCGCAGUCCAAGAGGAGGCGCAGGGCUUCCAUGCAAGGCAAAGGGAUGAAGCUUACCUUGGUAACAGACGAAGAAAAAAAGACUGGCAUGACAGGGAGGCUAUAAAGAAUGAUUUGCUGCAAACAGGAAAUGGAGAACAAGGAAAACCAUAUCCUAUGACUGAUGCUGAGCAAGUCGACCAGGCAUACAGGGAAAAUGGUUUUAAUAUUUUUGUGAGUGAUAAAAUUUCUUUAAACCGUUCUCUACCAGAUAUACGACACCCAAAUUGCAAUAGCAAGCUAUAUCUGGAACAACUCCCCAACACCAGUAUAAUAAUCCCAUUCCACAAUGAAGGAUGGUCCUCACUUCUCCGAACAGUGCACAGUGUUCUCAGUCGUUCUCCUCCUGAACUGAUAGCUGAGAUUGUGCUGGUGGAUGAUUUCAGUGAUAGAGAGCACCUCAAAAAGCGCUUGGAGGAUUAUAUGGCCCAGUUUCCAAAAGUUAGGAUUCUCCGAACUAAGAAGAGAGAAGGACUAAUAAGAACUCGAAUGCUCGGGGCUUCUGCAGCAAUAGGAGAUGUUAUUACCUUCUUAGAUUCCCACUGUGAGGCAAAUGUGAACUGGUUGCCACCCCUUCUAGACCGCAUUGCUCGAAAUCGCAAAACUAUUGUUUGUCCAAUGAUUGAUGUCAUCGAUCAUGACCAUUUUGGCUAUGAAACGCAAGCUGGAGAUGCAAUGCGAGGAGCAUUUGACUGGGAGAUGUAUUAUAAGCGGAUCCCAAUUCCUCCUGAAUUACAGAAACCUGAUCCCAGUGACCCUUUUGAGUCUCCAGUUAUGGCUGGAGGACUGUUUGCAGUUGAUAGAAAAUGGUUCUGGGAACUUGGAGGAUAUGAUGCAGGACUGGAAAUAUGGGGAGGAGAACAAUAUGAAAUAUCAUUUAAGGUAUGGAUGUGUGGGGGUCGCAUGGAAGAUAUCCCUUGUUCUCGAGUUGGCCACAUUUAUAGGAAAUAUGUCCCUUAUAAGGUUCCAACAGGAGUCAGCUUAGCUAGGAACUUGAAACGGGUAGCUGAAGUAUGGAUGGAUGAAUACGCAGAAUACAUUUAUCAAAGGAGACCCGAAUAUCGACAUCUGUCUGCAGGGGAUGUGACUGCUCAGAAGGAACUUCGUAUCAAGCUCAGCUGCAAAAGUUUCAAAUGGUUCAUGAAUGAAGUUGCUUGGGACUUGGGAAAGUUCUACCCACCGGUGGAGCCUCCAGCAGCUGCCUGGGGAGAGAUCCGUAAUGCAGGGACCGGUCUUUGUGCAGAUAUCAAGCAUGGGGCCCUGGGUUCACCACUAAGAGUUGAAACCUGUGUGAAAGGUAGAGGAGAAGCUGCAUGGAGCAAUGUGCAGCAUAUGUUUGUUUACCAGGUGUUCACAUUCAGCUGGCGAGAGGACAUCCGUCCAGGAGACCCCCAGCAUACAAAGAAAUAUUGUUUUGAUGCUGUUUCCCACAAUAGCCCAGUGACUCUCUAUGACUGUCAUGGAAUGAAAGGAAAUCAGCUGUGGAAAUAUCGGAAAGACAAGACACUUUUUCACCCAGUAAGUGGCAGCUGCAUGGACUGUAAUGAAAGUGAUCGAAAAAUCUUCAUGAACAUGUGCAAUCCCUCAUCUCCAACACAACAAUGGAUAUUUGAACAUACAAAUUCAACAGUCUUGGAAACCUUUAAUAAGAAUCUUGAUCUUUAAAGACAUUAUUUAUAUAUCUUCAAUACAAAGAUAUCCACAUCUGAAAAACACAAAUGGUUUAUAGAACUAUUCACAGAGUGCUGACAGUGAUAUAAAAAUUGCUGGUUUGACAAUUUUAACUAGCAUAAACAGAGUAAUUACUCCUUUAAUAUUUAACAAAAUCAAAAAUUGCUGGCUGAAGAGCUGCAUACAGUUUCUGUGUAUUGGAUUACUUUUAGUGCAGCCUGAUACUAUGCCUACUUUACUCAAACCUGAGUCCCAUUUAUUACUACUGCACAUAAAAUUAUGCCACUAAUUGUUCAGAAAUCUAGGCAUCCUAUUUCUAAAUGUCCUUAAUAUGUUCUAAGUUUGUAGACUUUUUCCAGAAAUUGUACUAUCUUGGUGAACUAUCACAGCGAAUUAGAUUUUAGGUCAAAUAUUGCUAACAUCAUUUUUUAAACACUCUGAAUUUAUAUAACUGAUCUACAAAGCAGGCGUGAUCUUAACAGAACCAGGCAGGUCUUCCCCAAUCACACAUCAAGAAAGGGAUCUAUUUUAUCUUCCUAUAGUGACUUCUUACAGGUACUUUUCUCCCAGCCAGGUGUAGUCUCAGCUGGGCUCUGGCACAGGCAGUGGAGCCUCCAAGGAGGUUUAUUACAGGCAGGAUAAAGGAUAAGCUGAUUUUGUUUUGUUUUUUGAACAGAAUGCCCUUUUUGCUCCUAAAUUAAAACAUACAGUACAUAAAUGUUUUAACUGAAGGGUCUCUACAGUUGUAGUCACAUUAUGUUUGCUUUUGGAUGGUUAAAAACAAGUUUUAACACUAUUUAUUGUCAACUUAAAUAUCAUUUUUAGAGCAAGAAAAUGUUGUUGUUUUUUAUUUUAGUUUUUUUUAAAAGGUCUACUUAAGGGCUUUUUGAACUACAUUCUGUUCUAAGCUCUCCAAUAGAUUUGUGAUCAGCUAGAGAUAUCUUCAUAUUCUAGUAGGUAAAAGAGUGCUUUAAUUUGAACCAGUUUAGAAGCAUACAAGCAUAUCACGUUGUGGUAGGUAGAAUUUUUUAAUCACAGAUAAAAUUAUAUGCACUAAGUUCAUGACAUUGCAUUAUAGGUAACCAAAGUAAAUAUAAUUAGCUCUUCCAACAAUACUAUUAAGCAGCUAAAGAUUUAAGGGGAGAGAAGCAGGAAAAAUGCAGCUGAUAUAUAGGAAGUCUUCAGGGAUUCUUAAACUGUUUCCCUCUUUGUAAUGCAUGUUUAACACUUCCUUUGAAAUUGGAUUUUCCCACAAACCCUGUAUUUAUUUUGUGCAUCUUGGGACAAUGUCCUAUUGUGUUGGGAGAGAUCAAGAAUGUCUAGCACUUUAAUGUAGUAUCGCUGAUUAACUGGAAAUCAUUUGGAUGUCAAGUGUAGUGUUUUUAAGAAUUGAAUGGACUUUCUUUUAUAAUAUAUUUAAAAUAAAUUUUUAUUGUGUCCUUUUUCUGAAAA